AUGGUCACCGAGCGCGUAGAGGACGACCACAUUGAAGAUUUAGAAGAGGACCAGUUCAUCGACCCCAAUGAUGUCCUCGGCGAGGUGGAGAUGGACGGAGACCUGCCGAUGGACGAGGACGAGGAGGACGGCGCAGCGGGUGAGCACCCGCCAGACGAGGAGAUCGUGUGGGAGGACAACUCCAUGCAACACUUUCCCAAUCACAAUGGAUCUGUGUUCGCCAUAAGCACACAUCCUGCAGCCCCAAUCGCCGCAUCUGGGGGUGAAGACGACUUGGGUUACAUCUGGGACAUCACCACUGGAGACGAGCUCGUCAAGCUCACCGGCCACACGGACAGCGUCACUUCGACUGCAUUCAGUGCUGACGGAGAGCUCGUUGCGACUGGUGGGAUGGACGGCAAGGUGCGCGUGUGGAGGAGAGUAGGAAAGGACAGCUACAAGAGCUGGGAGUUUCUGACGGAGUUGACGGGCCCGGACGAGGUCAUGUGGCUAAAAUGGCAUCCCAAGGGCACGGUUCUGCUCGCGGGGUCGAACGACACGACCGUUUGGCUAUGGCAACUGCCUUCGGGUAACACUAUGCAGGUCUUUGCCGGACACAUGGGGCCCGUCGCAUGCGGAGACUUCACACCAGACGGAAAGCGCAUUAUCACCGCGGACGCGGAGGGCACCCUCAUUUUCUGGGAUCCGCGCUCCCCCACUCCCGUCUUCAAACUCUCCCCCUCGAACGGCCGAUUCGCCUUAGACGGAAUCACCUCUCUAGCCGUGAACCCCGCGUCGACUCUCGCGGUCGUUGGCGGUGCGAAUGGAGGAGUACGCGUCAUCAGUCUCAGCAAAGGGGAAAUCGUCGGUGCACUCGCAGGUCACCAAGAGGGAGAGAGCGUGGAGGCUGUCCAGUUCGUCGAGCUUGCGGCGCCCGCGCCGUUGUCGGGGGCGGCGCCGUCUGCGGGCGGCGUCGUCGUAACUGGUGCAACGGACGGCAAAGCGUGUGUGUGGGACUUGAGCACUAUGCGGCUGCGCGCCACGCUCGAGCAUGGGGAUGCGGUCACUUCUUUGCACCGUCUUCCGCCACCGAAGGCCCAUCUUAUCGUGUCUGCUUCCGCAGACAAGAUACUUCGCACAUGGGAUGCGCGCACGGGGACGCUGGUGCGGGAACACAAGGGCCACAGCGCUCCUGUAUUGGGCGCCGCGCUCGGGAUGGGCGGCGAUGUGGUUGUAAGUGCAGGAGACGAGGGUGUAUGCUUAGUGUUCCCCACCGAGUGA